ACGGACCCUGCGAGCGGACCGAGCGUCUCCCGGGCCGAGCUGCCCACGGACCCUGCGAGCGGGGGCGGCCAUGCAGGAGCCGCUGCUGGGGGCCGAGGGCCCGGACUAUGACACCUUCCCCGAGAAGUCGUCCCCGUCGCCGGGGGAGAGGACGCGGGGCGGGGCCCCACAGAACAGGAGGGUGUUCCUGGCCACCUUUGCCGCGGUGCUGGGCAAUUUCAGCUUCGGGUACGCCCUGGUCUACACGUCCCCUGUCAUCCCGGCCCUGGAGCACUCCUCGGACCCGGACCUGAUCCUGACCAAAACCCAGGCAUCUUGGUUUGGGUCCGUAUUCACCUUGGGUGCAGCGGCUGGAGGCCUCAGCGCCAUGGUCCUCAACGACCUCCUGGGCCGGAAGCUCAGCAUCAUGUUCUCAGCUGUGCCAUCGGCAGCCGGCUACGCGCUCAUGGCAGGUGCCCACGGCUUCUGGAUGCUGCUGCUGGGGAGGACGCUGACAGGCUUUGCUGGGGGGCUCACAGCUGCUUGCAUCCCGGUGUACGUGUCUGAGAUCGCUACCCCAGGUGUUCGUGGGGCUCUGGGGGCCACACCCCAGCUCAUGGCAGUGUUCGGAUCUCUGUCCCUCUACGCCCUUGGCCUCCUGCUGCCGUGGCGCUGGCUGGCCGUGGCGGGAGAAGGGCCAGUGCUCGUCAUGGUCCUGCUGCUCAGCUUCAUGCCCGAAUCCCCUCGCUUCCUGCUCUCACGGGGCAGGGACGCGGAGGCGCUGCGGGCGCUGGCCUGGCUCCGCGGGACCGACACGGACAUCCGCUGGGAGUUCGAGCAGAUCCAGGACAACGUCCGCAGACAGAGCACCCACAUGUCAUGGGCCGAGGCCCGGAGCCCCCACAUGUACCGACCCGUCCUCAUCGCCUUGCUCAUGCGCUUCCUGCAACAGCUGAUGGGUAUCACUCCCAUCCUGGUCUACCUGCAGCCCAUCUUCGAAAGCACCGCUGUCCUGCUGCCCCCAAAGGACGAUGCGGCCAUUGUGGGGGCCGUGAGGCUCUUCUCCGUGCUGAUCGCCGCCCUUACCAUGGACCUAGCUGGCCGCAAGGUUCUGCUGUUUGUCUCGGCCACCAUCAUGUUUGCGGCCAACCUGACGCUCGGGCUGUACGUUCACUUCGGUCCAAAGCCUCUGACUCCCAACAGCACCGUGGGCCUCGAGAGCGUGCCCUUGGGGGGCACAGAGCAGCCAUUGGCCACCCCGUCUAGCUACCUCACCCUCGUGCCCCUGGUGGCCACCAUGCUGUUCAUCACCGGAUACGCCAUGGGCUGGGGGCCCAUCACCUGGCUCCUCAUGUCGGAGAUCCUGCCGCUACAAGCCCGCGGCGUGGCCUCAGGGCUCUGCGUCCUCGUCAGCUGGCUCACCGCCUUCGCCCUCACCAAGUCCUUCCUGCUGGUGGUGAACGCCUUUGGCCUGCACGUGCCUUUCUUCUUCUUUGCCACCGUCUGCGUGGCCAGCCUGGUGUUCACAGGCUGCUGCGUGCCUGAGACCAAGGGCCGGUCUCUGGAGCAGAUUGAGUCCUUCUUCCGCACCGGGAGGAGGUCCUUCCUGCACUAGUUCAGGGGCCCUGCCACGGUGGAGACGUGGGCGUCUGCGCUGACCAUGAGCCUGCACACCAAGCUGGGGAGGCAGCAGCCAUCAGCCAUCGGACGCAGCACAGGAGGCCCAGAUGGAAGCGCGGCAGGCCCCCGCCGUGCAUGUUCUGGCUCCGGGCCGCAGCUCCCCUGUCCGGCCUGGGCCCCAGCUCCAGCAGCCGGCCGCCAGCACGCCCCUCGGUCAAGACCCGCUGGCAGGGGAGGCGGCCACGGGCUACAGGGCAGCCCACAGCCCAAGGACCGGGACAAGGCCCUGCUGGGUGACAUGGGGCCGGGCUCCUUACUGCAGAGGAUGCGGCCACGGAGGGCUGUAAUGAGGACAGAGACAUGGGCCAGGAGACAGUGGAGGGCUCCACACAGGGACAUCACUGUUUUAUUCUGAUCUGCUUAGUCAUCAUGGAGCAACUUGAUGCUGGCAAGGAAGAGAGAUCUGCAGUUCUAAAAGCUUGUGGGUGCUACAGGGAACAUUCUGGACUCCCACAGGCCAGGGCCCAAGACCCAGCACAGACACUUCCUCCUGCCCCUACCCAAUCUCUGGAAACAGGGCUUAAGGGCUCCCAUCCGCAAACUGUGUCCACCCUGUUUUCGUCACAGUCAGUCAGACUCUUGGCCUUGGGAGUCACAGGAUGGGGUCUCCUGCAGAUGGGGGGGCCCACUCAGCAGCCAGGUUCCGCUAGUCCCAAACCCUCAGCCACAGUUGCCAGGGACUACCGGCCCAAGCAAGGCCCCCUCUGCGGGCCGCAGGACGGCUCUGUCCCACAGGCUCCAGCCCUCCCCAGCUGUGUGACCUGGGCAAGCCAUGUUCCUCGGCGGAGAGGCUGUGAACAAGAGUGGAACAGGGCCAGCCACACAGAAGGUCAAUAAAACGGCAGUUACUCCGAG